AUGGCGGGGCCCGGACCCCCCCCCCGUCCCCCCGGGGGCCGCCCGCGGAGCCCGACGGUGGAGCCCCCGCCUCUCCCGCCGGCGCCAGAGGGGAAGCGCAGCGCGAGCGCCAGCCGCCAGCCGCGGGCCCCGAGUCACGACUCAGCCCACGUAGACAUCCACCGGGAACGUAGCGCUGCAGCCCCGCUCGGCUCUGACGUCAGCGAAGCUCGGGAGCGGGUCGGAUCCAACCUGCGCGGGCGCAGGAGGACGGGGCUCCGGCGGACCCGGGACGCGGGGCCACCCCAGCGCCAGCGUCCGAGGCCCCGAGGCCCCGAGGCCCGAGGCCCGCCCCCCGCCCGCCGCGGCACCGGGCCGGGGAGAGCCGGCGGCGGCGAACAAAAGCUGCGGUUUAGUGAGCGCCUACUUCGCGCGGCGCCGCGGCCGGCGGGGGGCGUCCGUGCAAGGCGUGCGCGGGGCGGCCCGUGGGACCACCCCCCCGGGAGGCCCGUCGUGCCCUUUGCACAAAGGAGGCAGCGGGGGUUCGGCGAGGCUCGGCCUGCAGGCAGCUCCCCCGCACCCGAAAGGGUCACGAACGUGAACCCCGGCCCCGACUCGGUCAGCGCAGGGUCCCCGGUACCGCCGGCUGCGAGCACGGCGCCGUGCAGAACCAGCUCACCGUCGCGGGGGACCCAGGCCCGCAUCGCCCACCGUGCCGAAUGGGUCCCGAGAGUCUGCGAUAAGGAGAACAAUCACCCCUAA